GAAAGCAGUCAACGCCAAAAGUGGCCAUAUUACAUUUUCUUGGAAGCGACCGAAAGGUCGCUUCGACUACUAUUCGGUCGAAGUCACCGAAGGCAAGGUUAGCAGCACAGACACCGCCAAACGCAGGCUUGGUUUGUGCGCCAACGGCACCAUCAUCCAUCGCGAUCAGACGGAAAUAACGUGUGGUCCGUUGGAGCCUUGCAGUAACUUGUCCUGCACCAUGCGCACCCACUUGACUGGACCACCUGAACGGAGUUCUCCUGGAGUGACAAUAACGGGAAUCUUCAUCCCUGCCGAAGAGCCGAAUCCACCAAGGAACAUUACGAUGUUCCCAGAAUCGCCAUCGCGGACUCGAAUACAGUGGGACAACCCCGAGAAAGUGUACGGCAUCAUGGCAUCGUACAAUGUGAAGAUAUGCGGCUCAUUCAAAUCAUGUGAUCGAGCAGAAGGCUUGAGUAACUGUAUGGAAUACGUGACCCUCGAGACGUGGAGAGUGUUUGGCAGCAGAGAGGACACUGCGUACUGCAUCCUGGUUACUGUAAAUACACAGUGCGGCAUUCAUAAAGUAAGCAGCCGGCCAGUUAUAGCGGAAAUACGCACGCCGUUUUUCGACCUCCCUGACGUAACCAAGCUGAGGUUACUCUCCGCUGUGAAUAACUCCAUUACCAUUGCUUGGGAACGACCGAAGGCUCGCUUCGAUUACUACUGGGUGUCCAUUACGCCCGACAAAGGCGAGAAACACAUCAAUGCUGGAUCGUGCGGCAACGGUACAAUCAUUCACCCAGACCAGACCCAGGUCAAAUGCACAAGCCUCGAGGCUUGCACCAACGUGACCGUAAGCGUACGUACACACAGAAAUGGACCGCCGGAGCGCACGUCCGUCGGAGUGGCCCUGCAGGACAUAUUUGUUCCGGGUGAAGAACCGGAUUCACCAAAGAACAUCACCACACUGGAGAAAUCACCAUCGCUCACACGCCUUCAGUGGGAUCCACCGGCAAGAGUGUCUGGAAGAUUUAUAGCCUACACGGUUAAAAUAUGCGACGCCUUCAAGUCGUGCGGUACACAGGAAAGUAUGAACGGCUGCAGGGAACUUCAAACGCAGGACACUGGGUUAGAUUUUCAUAGCACAGUCGACACCAAGUACUGUGUUCUUGUCGCAGGAAGCGCCCAAUGUGGCGAACUGGUUCUGAACAGUCUUCCAGCAAUAGCAGAAAUCUGGACGCCUUUGCUCCACCUCCCCGAUGUAAGAAAACUAAGCCUACUAUCCGCUGCUAACAAUUCCAUCACCAUUUCCUGGGAGAGACCGAAGACCCGCUUCGAUUACUAUUGGGUCGACGUUACUUCCACUGAAAGCACGAAGAGUGGCAGUGUUCAAAGAAAUCGCGUUGGAUCGUGCGCCAGCGGAAGCAUCAUUCACUCCGCAAGGACUCAGGUCAUGUGCACAAACCUUGAGGCUUGCACCAAAGUUAGCUUCAACAUACGCACACACAGAAGUGGACCACCGGAGCAUACAUCCCAUGGGGUUGACCUGAAAGGCAUCUUCAUUCCGGGUGAAGACCCAGAUCCACCAAAGAACAUAACUAUGCUUGGAAUAUCGCCUUCCCUCACACGUCUACAGUGGGUGCCGGGGCCAAAAAUUUCCGGAACAUUUCUUGGAUACGUGGUUAAAAUAUGCAGCUUGUUCCAAAGUUGUGUAAGAGAAACAAAUAUGAGCAAGUGCAUCGAACUUCAGAGGCAGGAAACCUGGCUGAACUUUAUUAGCCGCGUUGACACCAAGUACUGCGUCCUAGUUACAGCAAGGUCAAAAUGCGGCGUGCAAGUUUUAAAUGGCCCUCCAGCGGUGGCUGAAAUUCGGACACCUUUGUUUGUUGCCCCUGACGUAACGAACGUACGCCUGGUGACCGUCGGUGCGGAUUUCUUCACUGCUGCUUGGGAAAAGCCCAAGGGUAGUUUUGACUACUACUGGGUGGAGGUCUUCGGUGGCGACCGCCAUACCAGUGGCGCACGAAUGGGCCUGGUAGGGUCGUGCGCCAACGGCACCAUCAUUCAUUCGGACCAGACACAAGUCACAUGCAGCCAACUCAAGCCUUGUAGCAAAGUGGGCUUCAAAGUGCGCACCCACAUCAAUGGACCACCUUCCCGAACUUCUCCUGGCGUCACAUUAAAUGAAAUACUGAUUCGUGAAAGCGUUCUUCCUGAUGUGACCCACCUGAAGUUGAUUACCGUUGGACCUGACAACUUCGUACUGAGUUGGCAACCUGUCAAAGCAUGCUUCGACUAUUAUACGGUGGAACUCAUCGACGAAGCCAGUGGCCGCAACAUCAGUGUGUCCUGCAACAAGGGUGCCGACAUCAAUGCAAAUGAGACGUCUGUCAUUUGUGACCAAGUAGACACAUGCGCGAAUGUGACGAUUCGAGUGAGAACGCACACCAGGGCCCCUCCGAGACGCUCUUCCAGAGGCGCCGAACUUAGGCACGUCCUGCUGAAAGGAAAAGUGGCUCCAGAAGUGACGGAUUUGAGACUGGUGGUCCGAAGAUCCGACUCUUUCCGCGUGGAGUUCAACGCGUGGGAGGACUGCUUCGACGAAUUUUACUACAACAUCACUUUGUGGAGAUUUCCUCAACGUGAAGUCAAAGCUGCAUGCAGUCACGUUGUGUCGAAUCGUUCGUUGUUUCCUGGAAGACCUCAUGCAUUCAUUUGCAAUAAUGUUAAGGCUUGUGGCGUCGUGAACUUUGCUUUGGGGACACGCUUAUUGGGCCCACCUAGACGCAAUUCACGCGGAGUCCUCCUGCGCGGAAUCAGAAUGAAUGGUUCAUGUAGGGGAUGAUGUUUCUGCUACGUAAAUUCAAGUUUGUAAGGAAGUGGAAUGAUGAAGGCCGUGCUACUCCAAGUGGCAAUGAAAUGUCACGACAUGAAAGAAGAAUAAACACGGCCUGCACGAUUAUUUGUUUUGUAGCCGCCGGCGAAUGAACACCUCAAAAGAAUUUUUGCAGUGUCAAAACUACUCGCUCGAAAAAGUGAAUUAUGUUACACGAGAAAUUCUUUCUGG